AUGGGAUGCCGGCCUGGGUUCCCCCGCGGGAGCGUCGCGUUUCCGGUGAACGCGGUCUUUUUCUGGGGCGGCGGCGGAUCAGCCGCGGUGUUGGGAGAGGAAAGCACGGGUGGUUUGGCAAAGGAAGAUGCAAGGAAUGGUGGAUAUGGAAAGAGGGCGAGUCCCACGCUUUUCUCGCGGCGAGCGGACGAGGUGGUGACCCGCGGGUCCGGGCCGGACGAGAACAGGCCCUCGACCGACUCGUCGGACUCCGACAGUCGCCGACGGGAGCUGGGGGAGCUGGAGGUCGCGGGCGGCCGACAGUCCCUGAAGUCAGUCAGCGUCGGGGUCGGCGCUCUGGCUGGGAGCACGGUGAUGUUGCUGACCUUGCCGUGGUUCCUCGCCAUCCUGGCGGGCCGUGUGUCGCUGAAAGAGGGGAAGCCCACCUACCAACGUCCCCAGGGAGCCGAUCCGACGACCUGGGACAAGCUCGACCCGCCGGGGAACCUCUCCUUGUUCCACACUGGCAUUGGCUAUGGCCAAGAAAUUGUGCAGAAUGCCUGGACCAUGCUCUACACCAUGCUCGGGUACGUGAUCAUCCAGGGCUCUGCGUUUGUUGUGGACAAGAUGCCGAAGCCGCCAGACCUCAGCGACCACGAGCAGCGCCACAUGCUGAAGCACGAGGCGCGCUAUGAGAACGACUUUGCGCUGGCCGGGCUCUUCGUGUGCAUCGGCUUCUUCAUGUGGUACCUGUGGAAGAUGUGGAAGGAGUCGCAGGGCGGCGGCGCGGUGAGUGACUUCAUCGCCGAGAGCACCAUCCAGGCCAUUUCUUUGCGGGCACCCUGA